CGACCAUCGCUGUUACAUGUUCGUCAACAGCCCGAAGACGUGGAUUGAAGCUGAGAUUUACUGCUUGUUUGAGGGAGGAAACCUGGCAUCAGUCCACAGUUCUAUGUGUUAUCACGGCAUCCAGGAACUGACCAAAUAUGAAUACGAUUUCCCUUUGACCUGGCUCGGAGGACAAGAUUUUGCCAAGAACUGUGUUUGGCUCUGGACUGAUGGCAGCAAGUUUGACUAUGGCAACUGGUACAUGGACCCCAGCUACUACUACAUGGACAGAGAGGAGCACUGCCUGGUGAUGAAUUAUGGACUUGAGCUGAAGUGGCACUACGCUAACUGCAGUGACACCCACCCUUUUGUUUGUGUCAAGAAUGACUGGAAGAACAUAUUGCUUAAUUAGUUCAGUUCCUUUGCCUUCACAUGCUGGAUCCAAAACUUAAACUCCAUGUAAUCAUUUCUCAUUGAUGCUUUCAUUUUUAUAUUUGCACAUAGCUUGAGAUGUGAUUGCAGGUCUGGAAGAGAGAGUGUUUGAGGCUAUCAGCCUGCAAAGAUUCCACUCAGGUCUGCCUGCAUGCUGCCGCUCUUUCCCUGGCUUUACCACAUUAGUGAUCCUCAUGUCAUUAAACUCCUUAGAGCUUCUAAAAAUGUAUCAAUA